CCCACCUGUAGAGUGAGUAGGAAUAGGAGUCACAACAAAAAAUCUUCUGGAAAGUCCUCCUAACUGCAAGCUAACAAGCCAACUAAAGCACGUAGCUAGCGAUAACAUUUCAACAGUGGAUUCCAAGUGAUAUUUUAAAGAAUUGUAUUAGUUUCAAAGUAAUCUCGUCCGAGAUAACUACUCAUUAUGGAGAUUUACAACUCUUUGUACAACUUGUUGUGGUCCGUUUUCGUGGCUUAGCUGGAAAGCUAACGAUAUCUAGUAAUAUCAGUUAGCUUAGCAUUGGUCUUCCCAUCAAAAAGCCCUGCCUCUUCUCAGCCUUGUUUAACGGCAGAAGUUUGUAACUUUACUCGCUGGUAAAGGGGCUCAUAUAUUACUCGUUUCAGCUGCGUGUUGUCUUUGGCAAAGAAGUGACAGUUAAGCGUAGGUUUCUGUGACAGCAACACCCACAAAAUGUCUAUCCUAGGAUUAAAGAAGAAACAGCCAAAGACUUUCAAAGUCAAAGUUAUCACCAUGGAUGCUGAAAUGGAGUUCAGUUGUGAGGUGAAGUGGAAAGGUAAAGACCUGUUUGACCUGGUGUGUCGCACUGUUGGUUUGAGGGAGACCUGGUUCUUUGGACUCAGAUACACAGUAAAGGACACCUAUGCCUGGCUGAAACCAGAGAAAAAGGUCUUAGACCAGGAAGUUCCAAAGGACUCUCCGAUAACAUUCCAUUUCCUGGCUAAAUUCUUUCCAGAAAAAGUAGAAGAAGAGCUUGUACAAGAAAUAACUCAGCACCUCUUCUUCUUACAGGUGAAAAAACAGAUAUUAGAUGAAGAGAUAUUCUGUUCCCCUGAAGCCUCUGUUCUGUUGGCAUCAUAUGCUGUCCAAGCCAAGUAUGGGGACUAUGACCCAAACUUUCACAAGCCGGGAUUUCUUGCACAAGAUGAGCUUUUGCCAAAAAGAGUGUUGAUGCAGUACCAAAUGACAGCUGACAUGUGGGAGGAGAAGAUCACAGCUUGGUACGCAGAGCACCGAGGCAUUGCCAGGGAUGAGGCUGAGAUGGAGUACUUAAAAAUUGCUCAGGACCUUGACAUGUAUGGUGUCAGCUACUUUGCCAUUACUCAAAACAAGAGAGACACAGACCUUUUACUUGGAGUGGAUGCUCAGGGUCUUCACAUCUACAGCCCAAACAGCAAACUCAAUCCUAACAAGUCCUUUCCAUGGAGCGGGAUUCGCAACAUCUCUUACAGCGAAAAAGAGUUCACAAUCAAACCCCUGGAAAAGAAGAAAGAUGUUUUCAAGUUCUACUCAUCUCAACUGCGUGUCAACAAGCUGAUCCUGCAGUUGUGCAUUGGGAACCACGAUCUGUUCAUGAGGAGGAGGAAGGUGGACUCAAUUGAAGUGCAGCAGAUGAAGGCUCAAGCUAAAGAGGAGAAGGCCCGCAAGAAGAUGGAGCGUCAAAUUCUGGCACGGGAAAAACAGAUGAGGGAAGAAGCAGAACGGGCAAAGGAGGAGAUGGAACGAAGGAUUUUCCAGCUGCAGGAUGAAGCACGACUGGCCAAUGAGGCACUGCUGCGAUCCGAGGAGACAGCAGACCUGCUGGCCGAGAAGGCCCAGAUUGCUGAGGAGGAGGCCAAGCUGUUGGCCCACAAGGCUGCAGAAGCAGAGCAGGAGAGGCAGAGGUUGGAGGUCACUGCCUUGAAGACCAAGGAGGAGAAAAGACUGAUGGAGCAGAAGAUGAGGGAGGCAGAGCAGCUGGCUGUCAAACUGGUGGAGCAGUCUGAGAGGAGGUUGAAGGAGGCAGAUCACCUGAAGCAGGACCUGACUGAGGCAAAGGAUGCUGAGCGGCGAGCCAAACAGAAGCUGUUGGAGAUCACCAAAACAACUUACCCUCUCAUAGCAGCCUACUCUGCUCCCCCGGCUCCUCCUGCUCCUCCUGAAGCUCCUGACUUUGGCUAUGAAUCGGCAUCUACGUGUCUCGACUUCAAGGACUCCGACAUGAAAAGGCUGUCUAUGGAGAUCGAGAGAGAGAGACUGGAAUACAUGGAGAAGAGCAAACACCUGCAGGACCAGCUGAAGGAGCUGAAGACUGAGAUCGAGUCUCUGAAGCUGGAGGAGCAGCAGCAGCAGCAGCAGCAACAACAACAGCAGCAGCAGCAGCAGCAGCAGCAGCAGCAGCAGACAGGCAUCUACAACCUCCGCAGUGAGGCGAGGGGAUACGUCCAGGAGCCUGUCUACAUACCUCACAGCAAUCGAAACUCUGCCUACAUGUCUCAGAUGGCCUUUUUUGAAGAAGUGUGAUUCUAGUUAAGCAAGUUGAGGACGGACGGCACCAACUGUUGUGACUCAGAGCUUUCUCGAAAUGUUCGGUUAAGUUUUUAACAGACUGACGCAUACGUACUCCAUGACUGUGUGUGUCGGAAAGAUUUUAAAUCUUUUCGCAACAACAACAAACAGCCGCUCGCUGUUUUUUCUGCUUACACGGGCUGUCAUGCAGGUUGUACCUCCUGCCAUACUAAAGCACCUUCGUUAUGUCUUUCAUAUGUAAUAAACACAUUAACAUGUGUUAACACUGAUUCAGGAUAUGGUGCUGAAGACGGACGUACAAACGAGUUUCAAUUUGCUGGUGUAUUUUGACGGUCGGAUAAAGAAUGAUGCCUUAUUGAAAACUUCACGUUAAAGCCUUAACAUCAUUUUA